AUGGUUUUACAUAACAAUACCGUAAAGCAUUCCAUCAAAUUAGAACCAAAAGAUGAAGUCCCCCAAAGCAUGACUAAUGAAAAACAAAACACAUACAAUUGUGAGUCGUGCGCAUUUAGUACAACAAAAUUUCAAAAAUAUUUAUCCCAUACUAUAUUUUGUAAAUAUCCUAGAACACCGACUAAAGUAAACCAUACCCUUUGUCCGUACUGUAACUUAAAGGUAAACUCGGACCUGGCAUUGGAAUCGCAUGUGUUUAGUAAACAUAAGGAACUUAAUGAUGUAAAAGAGGAAGUUGAACUCACAGAAUUUAAAUGCAACAAAUGUUCAUAUAAAACGAGUAAACUGGAGGAAUAUAUUGUGCAUUACGGAACACACAAAAAUUGUCCUUAUUGUGGAAAACAAUUUAUAUCGACAAAAGGUUUGCAAGGACAUGUGCUUGGCAAACACAAAAUACAAAAUGAUGUUGAGAAUAAAUUUGCUCUUAUUUAUAAAACAUACGAGAACUAUUCCAUUGGAUUAGAACCAGAGGAAAACUUGGUUAAUGAAAAACAAAAUAAUUCUCAAAAAUUAAUAAAUAUGAAUAUAAGCGAUUGUCCAUACUGCAGCUUUAAAGCCCAUUCUAAUUUUUCGUUGCAAGGGCAUGUGUAUAGUAAACAUAGGGAACUCAAUGGUGUUGAAAUGAAGGUUAAACUUACUUACAAAAUAUUAACUUGUAAAAACUGUACAUUCGCUUCAAUACGACCUACUUCGUAUACAAUUCAUAGAAAAACGUGUUUAAGUCCACGUGAAACAUGUCCUUAUUGUGAAAAAAAAUUUAGAUCGCCAAAAAAUUUGCAAGGACAUGUGCUUAGUAAACAUAAAAACCAAAAUAAUGUAGAGAAGAAAUUGGCAAUUUCUUAUAAAACAUACAAGGAACAUUUCAUCAACUUAGAAACAACACAUGAAGAACUUCGUAGCAUGGAUAGUGAAAAGCAAAAAACAUACAAUUGUAAAAUGUGUGAUUUUUUUACGACAGAAUUUCAAAAAUAUUUAUCCCAUACAAUAUUUUGCAAAUACCCCAGAAAACCGCUUAUAGUAGAGUGUCCGUACUGUUACUUGCAGAUAAACUCGGAUCCGGAAUUACAAGCGCAUGCGCUUGCCAAACACAAGGAACAAAACGAAAUUGAAAAGAAAAUUAAUAUUAAAACAAAAGCAUUUUCAACUACCUCCAAAUUCAUCCCAAAUAUAAAAUGUUUACUGUGCCCUUUUGAAACAAAAAACAGAAAAGAAUAUAUUUUGCACCAUAAAAAGCAUGUUGAGAAAAACUUAAGAUGCCCGUAUUGUUUCCUGAAAACAAAUAAGGGUCGUGAGUUGCAACGUCAUGUUUUUUCCAAUCACAGGCAACAAAAUGAAAUUGAAAAGAAAGUCGAAACUUCCGUCACCUCAUUAAAUUGUAAAAAAUGCGGUUUCAAUACAGUAAGAAACGAUGCUUAUGCAACGCACCUUAAGUUGUGCAAUGAAACAAAGGAACGUCAAUUCCAUUUACCAACACAUACAUAUAAGGGUUCAAAAAGAAAAUCAGAUUUUCCAACGGGCCACACCUGAAAUACAGUUGGUACUACUAAUUUGGUGAUUUCUUUAUCACAGGCCCACAAAAUAGUAUAUUAAAGAACUAAUGUCAUAAGACGUCAUUUUGU